AUAAGGAAUAUCAGUACUCUGGAUUAAAAAUAUUUCCGUGCAACAGCCCAACACAGCCCGGCUCGGCUCUGACCGGGACGACCACUUAUAUCGGGAAUCGAAGGGGCUGGAUGUUUUUUUAUGUCGCUGCUGCUUUCACUGUUUUUCUGUCCUCACUGAUUUAUUUGCACUGACCAGUUGUCUCUUGAGACCGGGUUCGGUGCCUCUCCCCUCCUCCCUCCCACUCCUUCCGUUCUCCCCCGGUCACUCCUUCUUCACCCUCCUUCCUUUUGACUUUCAUCCGAUCCCGCGAAGAUGCCCAGCUCGCUCUUUGCAGACAGCAGCAUCCAGGGAGACGCGCGGGACGAGCAGAGAGCCCUGCAGAUCGCCCUGGACCAGCUCUCCCUGCUCGGCUUGGACAACGACGAGAACCCCCUGUACGACAACCAGGAGCCCCGGAAAAAGAGCAUCAACAUGACCGAAUGCGUCCCGGUUCCCAGCUCCGAGCAUGUGGCUGAGAUUGUGGGCAGACAGGGUUGCAAGAUCAAAGCACUGCGAGCAAAGACCAACACCUACAUCAAGACCCCGGUUCGAGGCGAGGAGCCUGUGUUUGUGGUGACGGGCAGGAGAGAGGACGUGGCCAUGGCCAGGAGGGAGAUCAUCUCUGCUGCUGAGCACUUCUCCAUGAUCCGAGCCUCCAGGAACAAAAACACCAGCCUGAACGGGAGCCCCACCCCUGCCCCCGGACCCCCUAACCUGCCCGGACAGACCACCAUCCAGGUGCGGGUGCCUUACCGUGUGGUGGGGCUGGUUGUAGGCCCCAAGGGUGCCACCAUUAAGCGCAUCCAGCAGCAGACCCACACCUACAUCGUGACGCCCAGCCGAGACAAGGAGCCAGUGUUCGAGGUGACGGGGAUGCCGGAGAACGUGGACCGAGCACGGGAAGAGAUCGAAGCCCACAUCACCAUGAGGACAGGGGGUCUUAUUGAGCUUCAGGAUGAAAAUGACUUUCACGCCAACGGGACUGAUGUGGGUUUGGACCUGCACGGACAUGCCAUCCUGUGGUCUAAGCCCAGCGCCGGGAUGACCCCCACCUCAGCGCGGAAACCUUUCUCCAGCUACCGCAACGACUCGUCUUCCUCCCUGGGCAGUGCCUCCACAGAUUCCUACUUUGGUAACAACAGCUCACGUAUAGCCGACUACAGCCCCCCCAGCCCUGCACUCAGCUACACCACCACCACCACCACCAACGGCAACAAUAAUAAUAACAACAUCAACGUGAACACCAACGGCAAUGGGUUUGUUUACGGAAGUGAGGCGAUCUCGCCUGACUGCACUGAUCUGACUUUUGACUCCUCGCCAGGGUUCGAAACGUCAACCCCGCCGAGUCUCCUGUGGUCCCAGUACGAUAGUGGCAUGACCCCCUCCUCCACCGGAUGCAGCUCCCCCACCUCCACCUCUGCCAUAUUCCCGAGUCAGAGAAGGGUUAAUGGUUGCACCACGCAGCCCAGACUGUCGCCUCCCCUCCACAGCCUCACUGAAGGUCCCAGUGAGCACCCGUUAGCCCGGAGGGUGCGCAGUGACCCAGGCGGAGGCUCCCUCAGUUUCCCUAUGUAUUCAAGCACUAUGGCCUCCCUGCCGGGCCCUCACCUCCCCGGGGUUCCAUGCGACUCCUCCGCCUCGUCGUCGUCCUCCUCUUCCUCCUCUUCCACCUCCUCCGGCACCAGCCGAAAAGACAGCCGUGACUGUUCGGUGUGCUUCGAGAGUGAGGUCAUCGCGGCCCUGGUCCCCUGUGGGCAUAACCUCUUCUGUAUGGAAUGUGCUAAUCGUAUCUGUGAGAGGAUCGAACCCCAAUGCCCCGUCUGCCACACCAGCGUCACUCAGGCUAUACGUAUAUUUUCAUAAGAAAUGUAACUCUUUGACGACAGCAACACAUAGACUCCUCAAACUGCUUUAAUGGGAUCAGCCAAUAAUGAGUUUAGAAAUAUAUAUAUAUAUAUAUAUAUAUAUACACACACACAUACAUACAUACACACACACAUGUGUAUGUAAGAGGCUGCAGUAUCCAGAAAAAGGGACGGCCACAGCCUCUUGGGCACCGUAGAGGUUGUUAAUAUACUAUAGCUUUGGGAAAUAUUUUCAACAUCAAAGUGCAUGUUUUUAAUAUUACAGCAUUGUAAUUCAUAGUUCAAGUAAAUAGUACCGUAUAUUUAUGAAGUGAGGAGGCACAGUGCGGUCUGAACGGAGGGACGAUGGUCAGACUGUAGAUUGUUACGCUGGGAAACAUGGAGGGCCUCCAGCCAAACGGGACCAUUGACUGUCAGAGAUACUGCAGCUCCAAGUCAGAAACAACGCGAGAAAGAGCAACAUAGCCUACACACACAUAUAUUGAGUGUGUGUAUGUAUAGAAUCAUUGAACGUUUUAAAUGACAUUAAUACAGAAUUAAGUAUUUUAUUAUUUUUUUGACUUGAAAGAGUAUAUUUCUUAUUGCAAAGAUGUUUACAGAUAUUUUUUCAUUUAAGUUCAAUGAACUUUUUGUAGCUGGGUUUAAAUAUUGUUUAUUUUUUAAUAUGGAAAUUGAUCACUGUAUUAUUUUGAUAUCACAUGGCUGUUGGAGCAAAUCCCAGUCCAUAAAAUGUGUAUUUGACAGUAUUCUGUUGGGAAGGAGUUUUUAUAGGUUCAGCAAAAAAAUUCUCAAAUCUUCUUCACCCAGCAUAUUUUUUAUUCAGUAAUAUAAAGCAUAUUUUAUUCUAUAUUGUUAUAAAACAUUGAAAUGUACAAAACUUAGUAAAUUGAACACAAAGAAACCGUUUAUGCUUUCUAAAAUUCUUAUGAAUUAGAUUCCAGUGGGAAUUACAGGCCUCUGUUGCACCACAAUAGUUUUAGUAUUUCUAUUUUAAUACAUUUGUUUACCACUUGUUUAUGUAUAUGUUGGUGAAGUUACUUGAGCGUAAAUGUACUUUAUUGAGCAAAGUUUAGGAACAAAGUAUAUUUUAUUUUAUGAUAAAGGGUCUUUAACCUCAUGGUCAAAUACUAAUAUUAUAUUUGCUGAGACAAGAUUUGAAAAUGUAUCAAUAGUUUUAUUUUUCUGACAUUUAAAAUUAUACAUGAUAAAAAAUCAAUCUCAAGUAAUGGUGCUACUUCAUGUUUUUUUAAAAAGUAUUUCUAUAUAAGUCCAAUAAAAACUGGUCCAUUA